CUUCAAAUGUGCUGGUAAUUUUUACUACUAAUAAAGUUCUGACGCGAUCUGACCAGCAUGGAAGUCUUCAUGCACAAUGUCCCGCGUCAGCUCACUGACGAGGGCCUGAAGAGGCAACUAGAACCGCUUCUAAAGCAACUAGGGAUCGUCGAUUUCUUCUGUGAUAAGCCAAAGAAGAAAAAUUUUGGUUUCCUCACAUUUCGUCAUCGAGAGGACGGAGUAAGGUUCCUGCUAUUCCAUGGACAGGAGGAGAUCCCAGGAACACUGAAUACUCGGGGAAAACCACGUUUCAAAUCCAAGUUACAGAUCAUGGGUACCGACGUUUUCUGCGCGCCAAGCAAGAAUCCUCCAAACAAAUUUGCUCUGCAAAGUCUUCAACAUGCUGCCGACCAACGAGCCAAUGACACUCUCCACAAGUAUGAGAAGGAUGACCGUGUGUCUUUCCGUGUACUGGGCUUUAGCUGCGGUUAUUAUAAGUUUGUAGGGGACGAGCUUGGAUACAUCCCUGAAGUGCAGUGGUCUGACACUGGCAUCAUGAAGUUCAAAAGACGGUUCAUCAUGGUCAAGUUGAAAACCAAUUACAACAUCCGCAUACCUCUUAAUACCGUCAUAGAGUUGAUAUGGUCCAGGGAUGGAAGCUUGACCCUCACUUUAUCCACGGUUCCAUACUUCUUCAUUGAAGAAGGUUCCAUGGAGACCAUCGUAAUGCAAAUGCUCGAGCUUGACGUUCGGGGACUGAACAGAUAUCUACCGACAUCUUCGCGCUCGCGCAUGUGUUCCUUGGGAGAGGCACACACUGGGGCUGUUGGACAAUGUCUUGUCUACCAGUUCCGGGUCCCUCCUAUACAUCUCAUGACCGCCAUCCAAGACUUGAAGGAGUGGGAAAUGUCAAUCGUGCAAUAUGAUAUUAUUGUCCCUCAUUUGACAAUCAUGGAACCCUUUGAGACUCAAAUGAAGACUCUCAAAAGUGAAUUGGCUAUCUACACCAGGCAAAGCUCUCUCCCAUUCGGCAUUCUGUUUCAGCUACAGGCGCUUGCGUACAACGCCUAUCUCCUACCUCAUACGGUUUCGAGUCUUGCAAAGGAACUGAUCAGGGCUUACAAAGAGGACAUAUCAGCAGGCAGAAGACCUAUUUCUGUGCUGGCCAUGAAGAAAUUAUUAGACAUGAUCGACUGGCCUUCCCCACACAGCAAUCCAACCGAUUUUGAGCCGACCUCGCUCUUGGCGAUGUUGAAACAGAACAACAAGGAAAUCAUACAGGACUUGGCAGUCUCAGGAGAGUCUCUAGGUCCAACUGACAACUUGACGCCAAUUCACAAAGUCAUGGUUACGCCCACAAGGGUCACCCUCCAUGGACCGGAAUUGGAACCUUGGAAUCGCAUUCUGCGUAGGUUUCCUAAUCACCACGACUAUUUCAUUAGAGUGCAAUUCUGUGAUGAGGAUGGCCAGGAUCUCUAUUUUAACUCGCAGGUUAGCUACGAUGAUGUAUUUUCCCGAUUCAAAGCUGUGCUCACCCGGGGGAUACAAAUUGCUGGGCGAACCUACUCGUUCUUGGGAUGGUCGCAUUCAUCACUAAGAUCACAUGCAGUAUGGUUCUCCUCCCCAUUUGUCGACGAAGACGGUCGUUUCCAAACGCACUUCAGUAUCAUUAAGGCGCUUGGUGAUUUCAGCAAAAUACAAUCGCCCGCUAGGUGUGCCGCGAGGAUUGGACAAGCAUUCACAGAUACCCCAUUUGCAGUCUCCCUGUCUGAUUAUCAUAUAGAAGUUUUGGAGAUGGCCGAUGUGACCUCCAAGGAUAAAUCGCGAGUGUUCAGUGAUGGCGUCGGAACUCUGUCCUGGGAUGUCGCAGAGUUCAUAUGGAGUAACAUACCAGUGAAGAAAGGAUAUCCCACCUGCUUUCAGAUUAGAUUGGGUGGAGCGAAAGGCAUGCUUGCUGUCGAUAGUCGGCUCUCGGGGCCUCGUAUCAAUAUUCGGCCGUCAAUGAUAAAAUUCAACGGCGAGAUGAAGGAUCUUGAGGUCUGUGAUAUGGCAUCCAAGCCAGUGCGCCUAGUCUUGAAUCGACAGAUGAUAAAGAUUCUAGAAGACAUGGGAACCGCUGAUGAUUGGUUUUUCGGAUUGCAGAAUGCAGCAGUUGCCCAUCUCCGCCAGGUCACCGCGAGCGCUCACAAUACAGAAGUCUUCAUCAAAAAACAGGCGGUCGGCGACAGCAUAGGCCUCUUCAGGAUCUAUCGCCAGUGCCAUCUGCUUCAGCUUGAUUAUAAGAAAGAACCUUUUCUGCGCUCACUCGUUGAAGCUGUGGUUCUGAAAGAGUUGCGUUUGCUGAAACACAAGGCUCGCAUUCCAGUCAGUGAAGGCAUCACAUUAUUUGGUAUCAUGGAUGAGACUGGCUUCCUGGAAGCCGAUCAGGUAUACGUAACCUACAAUCCAGUGAAAGGAAGACACGCUCCCCCUCCGAAAGCUGGGAAACUUCUUGUGACUCGUUCGCCGGCCCUCCACGAUGGAGACAUCCAAUAUGCAUACAAUGUUAUCCCUCCCGCAGAACACCCGUUAUCCGAGCUUACGAACUGCAUCGUGUUUAGUAGCAAAGGAGAUCGUGACAUACCAAGCCAGCUCAGCGGGGGUGAUCUUGAUGGUGAUAUUUUUAACAUCAUCUGGGAUGCCGGCGCCCACCCGAUCCGAACCUUUGCGCCCGCUGACUACCCGCGUGUAAGCCCAGUUGAUAUUGGACGGCCAGUUCAGAGAGAUGAUAUGGCUCAAUUUUUUGUUGACUUUAUGAAAACCGACCAUCUUGGAAUGAUUGCCAUGAGGCAUAUGGUCUUAGCGGACCAGGAAGACGGGGGUACAUCUCAUCCCAAUUGCAGAAAACUGGCACAGUUGCAUUCCACGGCUGUGGACUUCUCGAAAACCGGUAUCCCUGUGCAAAUCAGCGAGAUUCCACGGGGUAGCAAUUUCAGGCCGGAUUUCAUGGCGCCAGGUCCCCUAGCCCACAUUCACAGCAAAUCGGAGAUUGAGCUCGAUCAGUAUGUCUUCCAAGCUGCUUAUGAUGAGGACGACCCCGAGCCGUCUCGCAAGUACUAUCGGUCCGAGAGGAUUCUAGGCAAGCUCUACAGGGCUAUAGAUGAGCGGAAAAUCUGGAAUGAAGACGUUCACUCCAACGUCUCGGCAGACGAAGACGAAUUCUGGAACGAAUUCCUUUGGUCGACUUAUGAGCGAUGUAACAGCAUUGGUCCUAUCUCAUGGGAACGUUGGCUGGAUGAAGCUCGGCGUGUACGCCUGGUGUGGCUUAGAUACGAAGAGGCCGUGUUCUCGGCAAGAAACAAUUACUCCGACCACCCAAUCAACCCUAUCAGUGAGCUCGAAGUGUUCAUUGGAUCUGUCUUGAACAAGGGUGGUGUACAGACUCGCCGCCAGCGGGACCAAUCUACUAAACUCGCCGACGAAUUCGAUCGCAUCUCUACCUGGAUCGUGAACCAGAUGCGAGGCAGUAGCACAGCCGGUCCAACAACCAAACCCUCGGAUCCGCUCGACCCUCUGGAGUUUUGCUUCGCCUGCAUCCAUGCCGGAGGUGAAACAGACCAAGGUUCAACCCGACGUCGCAGAGACGAGUACGGGGAGCUCAAGAGCUUUCGAAUCGUGGCAUCCUGCGCCUUGCUUUUUGAGCUGGAUCAAUUCGAAAAGGGAAAGAAGCAACCGCUCGGAUCCAACAACUAA